ACACACGGACACACACACACACACGCGGGGGGGGGCCGGUCCCGUCCCGUCCCGCCGCCGCCGGCCCCGCCGAGCCAUUAAAGCCCAUGGGGCGGCGACGGCGGCGACCGGGCUGAGCGAGGCCGGGACCCCCCAAGUCCCCCCCCCCCCAACCCACCCCGAGCAAGAUGACGUCGGCCACCAAGGUGUACUACAGCCAGACCACGCAGACCGACAGCCGCCCGCUCAUCGGCUCGGGGCUGCGCCGGCGCCGGGUGAUGACCAAGGAUGGCCGCAGCAACGUGCGGAUGGAGCACAUCGCCGACAAGCGCUUCCUGUACCUCAAGGACCUGUGGACCACCUUCAUCGACAUGCAAUGGCGGUACAAGCUCAUCCUCUUCUCCGCCACCUUCGCCGGCACCUGGUUUGCCUUUGGCGUCAUCUGGUACCUGGUGGCCGUGGUCCACGGGGACCUGCUGGAGUUCGACCCGCCGGCCAACCACACGCCGUGCGUCAUGCAGGUGCACACCCUCACUGGCGCCUUCCUCUUCUCCCUGGAGUCCCAGACCACCAUUGGCUACGGCUUCCGCUACAUCAGCGAGGAGUGUCCCCUUGCCAUCGUCCUGCUCAUCACCCAGCUGGUCCUCACCACCAUCAUGGAGAUCUUCAUCACCGGCACAUUCCUGGCCAAGAUCGCCCGGCCCAAGAAACGCGCCGAGACCAUCAAGUUCAGCCAAAACGCGGUGGUGGCCCAACACAACGGCAAGACCUGCCUGAUGAUCCGCGUGGCCAACAUGCGCAAGAGCCUCCUCAUCGGCUGCCAGGUGACGGGCAAACUCCUCCAGACCCACCUCACCAAGGAGGGCGAGAGCGUCCGCCUCAACCAGGUCAACGUGGACUUCCAGGUGGACACUUCCUCCGACAGCCCCUUCCUCAUCCUGCCCCUCACCUUCUACCACGUGGUGGACGACGCCAGCCCCUUCCGGGACAUGGCCCUCCGGACGGGCGAAGGCGACUUCGAGCUGGUGGUCAUCCUCAGCGGCACCGUGGAGUCCACCAGCGCCACGUGCCAAGUGCGCACCUCCUACCUGCCCGAGGAGAUCCUCUGGGGCUACGAGUUCACCCCGGCCAUCUCCCUCUCGGCCAGCGGCAAGUACGUGGCCGACUUCAGCCUCUUCGACCAGGUGGUGAAGGUGACGGCGCCCUGUUGCCUCCACGAGACCGUCCGGUUCGGGGACCCCGAGAAGGUGAAGCUGGAGGAGUCCCUGCGGGAGGCAGCGGAGCGAGAGCGGGAGGGGGCCCCCCUGAGCGUGCGCAUCAGCAACGUCUGAGUGCCCGCCGGGACGCCGCCGACGCCGCCAGAGGUGCCACCAGCCCCGGAGAUGCCACCAGCCCCUGGAGGUGCCACCAGCCCCAGAGAUGCCACCACUGCUGGAGAUGCCACCAACCCUGGAGAUGCCCAGUGCUGGAGGUGCCACAAGCCCUGGAGAUGCCCACUGCUGGAGGUGCCACCAGCCCAAGAUGCCACCAGACACUGGGGGUGCCACCAGCCCCUGGAGAUGCCACCAAUGCUGGAGGUGCCACCAGCCCCUGGAGAUGCCACCAGCCCAAGAUGCCACCAGACGCUGGAGGUGCCACCAACCCCAGAGAUGCCACAAGUCCCUGGAGAUGCCACCAGCCCAAGAUGCCACUAGCCCCUGGAGAUACCACUAGACAGUGGAGGUGCCACCAGCCCCUGGAGAUGCCACCAAUGCUGGAGGUGCCACCAGCCCAAGAUGCCACUAGUCCCUGGAGAUGCCACCACUGCUGGAGGUGCCACAAGCCCCCGGAGAUGCCACAAGCCCUGAAGAUGCCACCACUGCUGGAGAUGCCACCAGCCCAAGAUGCAACUAGCCCCUGGAGAUGCCACCAGCCCCUGGAGGUGCCGCCAGCCCCGGAGGUGCCACUAGUCCCUAGAGGUGCCACCACUGCUGGAGGUGCCACCAGCCCCAGAUGCCACCAGCCCCUGGAGGUGCCACCAGCCCCAGAGAUGCCACCACUGCUGGAGGUGCCACCAGCCCCUGGAGGUGCCACCAGCCCUCAGAGAAGCCACCGGCUCUUCCCUCCGUCCCAUUAUCCCAGGCCAUUUCACCCCUUGGGUGCUCGCCCACCGGCUGGUGGGGUGUCAUCCCCUGUCCCAAGCCCCUGGGGACAGGACUGUCCCCGUCCCCCCUC